AUGGGACGAGGAUCGCGGCUGACCCGUCUGGACGCAUUCACCAAAACGGUUGAGGAUGCGCGUGUCCGUACAACUUCUGGAGGUAUCGUUACGAUCGUCAGUGUCUUUAUUGUGUUUGUGCUUGUUGUGGGGGAAUUCAAUGAUUACCGGAGAAUCAUUGUAAGGCCCGAGCUGGUUGUGGAUAAGACGAGAGGGGAGCAACUUCCAAUUAACCUCAACAUCACCUUUCCCCACGUACCAUGUGAGCUCCUCACUCUCGAUGUCAUGGACGUCUCGGGCGAACAGCAAUCCUCAAUCACCCACGGUAUUUCGCUAACCCGCCUCACGCCCUACCCCGAGUCCCGCCCUGUCUCCACCAGCUCUCUCAACCUCCACGACGACAGCGCUUCUCAUCUUGACCCCUCAUACUGCGGUAACUGCUACGGUGCCCCCGCCCCAGAGGGCAAAAACGGCUGCUGCAACACCUGUGAGGACGUCCGUGAAUCGUAUGCCAACAUUGGCUGGGCCUUCGGCAAAGGCGAGGGCGUCGAGCAGUGCGAGCGCGAACACUAUGCAGAGCGUCUCGAUAGCAUGCGCGAAGAGGGAUGCAACAUUGCUGGACACCUGAGCGUAAACAAGGUCAUUGGAAACUUCCACAUUGCCCCUGGAAAGUCCUUCUCGACUGCCCAAAUGCAUGUGCACGAUCUUAACCAGUACUUCGCAUCCUCCAAAGCGCACACGUUCAGCCACGUCAUCCACUCUUUGUCUUUCGGCCCUGAGCUCCCAAGCACGGUCAAGCACCAGCACAACCCGCUCGAUGGAACUAGCCAGAGCACUGCCGAGCGCUCAUUCAACUUCAUGUACUUCAUCAAGGUCGUUUCCACAUCCUAUCUCCCUCUCGGCGUCACUGAAACCACCGAAGGAGCUGGAACCGGCGCGGUCGAGACCCAUCAAUACUCAGUCACUAGCCACAAGCGUAGUCUUGCGGGUGGACAGGACGCCGAGCAUGCUAGUACCGUCCAUGCAAAGGGUGGAAUUCCCGGGGUCUUCUUCUCAUAUGACAUCUCACCAAUGAAGGUCAUCAACCGCGAAGCCCGCGCCAAGAGCUUCGCAGGCUUCUUGACAGGUGUGUGCGCAGUUAUUGGUGGAACUCUGACUGUUGCUGCUGCAAUUGACCGUGGUGUCUACGAGGGUGCAUUGAGGGUCAAGAAAUUGCACCAGGGAUAA